AUGCCUUCCACCACAACAGCCGUGGGGUUUGCGGCUUCUACUGCCUCUGACGGGGUUGUAUACACUGGCUUUGGAGGUGGCUCGUCUGCUACAACAACUGCUGCUUCAGAUGGAAACAGCGGAUCUGGUAGCUCUGCUGCAUCAAGGCUGGUGGUCGACAUUGGACAGGUCUAUGGUCUUGGUGUCGUUGCAGCUGGCAUCUUUGUCGGCUUCAGCUGCAUGCUCUGA